UAGAUACACUCAGCAAAAAUUCAAACACUUAUUAGUUGAGUGACGGCCAUGUCGCAUUCUAAGGACAAUUUUCAACAAUUUGUUGUGAAAAUCGCAGCUUUGUUCGGUUUUUUUCAAGGAAUUGUUUGGGGUUUUUUAUCAUUAAUUGCAAUCAUUUGGCAUUUGGCUGCAAACCAUGAUCGCCCAAUCACAUUCACAGACUCCUAUUCCUCACUUCUGGAGACCUACAUGUACUACAACUUUAUAAAAAACAAUGGACCUAAAACCACAAUGAACAUCCAACCAGACUCAUUUUUCGGAAUAAUGUUCAUCUAUUUAUUAAUCAGUUUUGCUUGGAUGUCGGUUUCUGUGUACAUUUCAGACACAAAUAAUAGGAAAAAUCAAAAAGCACUUAUAAUCUGGGUCUGCCUUGCGACGAUUAAUUUACUAAUUGACCUAGUUUUUUGUGCGUUAUUGGGAGCUGACUACAAAUCACUGAUCAACAAAUACAAUCAAACCAAAAAUACCACACUAAAACUGGCCUACACCUACUCGACUUUGUGUUAUGCAAUUGUGAUGGUUUUAGCAGCCCGAGGAUUUAUUUUAUGGGUUAUUAAUUUGGUUUUGACCGGAUUUGUCAUUGGUGCUGGUUUUGACCAAAAAUUGGGGCGUCCUGAUCCAGUCAAAAACACAGCAUUUAGUUCAAUUCAAAGGUCGAAUGUCUACAUGAGGAAUUUGCCUGAAGAAGCCCGUAAUUUUCCAAUUGACGAAACUAGGAGACGUACGGAGCCAGGACCGGCUUCAACUCCGUCACAGUACGAUUUAUUGAGCACUUCUAGUAGCUUUGGACAUAUGCUUUCAAAUUAUGACCCUCAGGUGGAACGAAGGCUUCAACAAUAUACGGUUUCGAUGACACAAUCCCAAUCGGGACAUAAGUAUUAAUAAAAAAAAUUUUCAACAAG